CCCCAGCCGAACCGUUGUUCUUCAGUCUUCCCCUUUUCUAUCUUCCUUGGAAGCCAAGUCGACCCGAGAGGAGGAGAGAAGAAACACCUCACCACGCAAACCCCUCCGGCCUUCGAUUUCAACGAUAGUAAUUUAUAGUUCCAAUUGACGACGAGAGAUGUGGAGAUUCCCACUCCCCCUGGAGAGGUGACAUGAGAUGAGAACAAGCCUUUCCCGUGCCCAUCUCUCCUUCGCCUCCCAUGGAGAGGCCGCGGCAGCCGCCGGCGAGCUCCGACGCUCUAAUCUCUACGCUCUCCAACGCUGUCCAGGCCCUCGGCCGGGGCUUCGAUGUGACCUCCGACGCCCGCCUCCUCUACUGCAAGGGCACCCCGGGCUCCCGGCUCGCGCUGGUCGAUGACGAGCGCACCAGGGACGUCGUGAUCUCCGACGACGGUGGCGUCGUCCUUCCCGAUGUCUCCCUGGAUAUCGAUAUUUUAAGGGAGCAGAGCCGGCGGGAGACCACCCGUGUUUGUAGCUUCCAGGAAAUGGCUGAAUAUUUUAAUGAGAAGUCAGGAUUAUCAGAAAAUGUACCUCUUGGCAAUUUCAAUUCUAUGUUCAGUUUUACUGGCUCUUGGAAAAUUGAUUCUGCAGCAACAAAAGCCCUAGCAAUGUAUGGUUAUUUUAUCCCUCUAUAUAAAGUUAAACUUACAAAUGCUGAAUUGGUGUUGCGAGAAGAUGUCCGACGUGCUGUUCCACGGAGCUGGGAUCCAUCAUCCUUGGCUAGGUUAGUAGGGGUCUGUGCUGCUUGUCACAUUCUUGUAGUCAUGGAAAAACCUCUGCUUAUAUAUCCAAGAAGGCAUCAAAUUUAUCACUUUAUCGAGAAUUUCGGUACCCAUAUUAUUACAUCUGUGAGUAUCGGAGGUAAAGAUGAAGUGUAUGUCAAACAGCACCAUUCAUCUCAGUUAUCAGCAUCAGACAUUAAAAAGUAUGUGGAAAACAUUGGGGACCAGAGAUUUCUAAGCUUGGGAAGCCAGUCCGAUGCUGCUCCCUAUAAUUACAAGGACAAGGAUGUUACAGUAAUCUUUAGAAGAAGAGGUGGUGAUGAUCUUGUUCAAAAUCAUGCAGAGUGGAAGAACACUGUUCCUUCAGCACCAGAUGUUAUUAACAUGACCUUUUUACCCAUAGUUUUUCUUUUGAAUGGACUCCCUGGACUCCAGUAUUUGGCUCACUCAGUUGAUCUAUACUUGGAAUACAAGCCUCCUGUAGAGGAGCUGCGGUAUUUCUUGGAGUUUCAAAUGCAACGAGUUUGGGCUCCAGUGCCUUCAAGCAUUCCUGGUCACCAGAGAAAGGAACCUGUAUGCCCUUUGCUUCAGUUUAGCUUAAUGGGCCCCAAGCUCUAUAUCAGCUCCGAGCAGGUAUCUGUUGGUCGGAAACCAGUCACUGGCCUCAGGUUGUGUCUAGAAGGAAGCAAGCAAAAUCGACUAGCCAUUCAUUUACAGCACCUUGCUUCCCUUCCAAAGAUUCUCGUGCCACACUGGGACUCUUAUGUGGCAAUUGGUCCACCAAAAUGGCAAGGCCCUGAAGAACAGGACAGCCGGUGGUUUGAACCAAUUAAGUGGAAGAACUUUGCCCAUGUCAGCACUGCACCAAUAGAGAACACCGAAACUAAUAUUGGGGACCUUUCUGGUGUUUACAUUGUGACGGGGGCACAGUUGGGGGUGUGGGAUUUUGGUGCCAAGAGUGUCUUACACCUCAAACUAUUAUUCUCCAAGGUUCCUGGGUGUACCAUACGGAGAUCAGUUUGGGAUCACAGUCCAUUCAAGACUCUUGCACCAUGUCCAGAUGAUACAUCUUCAAGCGACAGGUCUAGUCAGAUCAGUAAACUUGCAAAGAUGGUUGACAUGACGGAGAUGUCAAAGGGGCCAGAAGAUACACCGGGCCACUGGUUAGUUACCGGAGCAAAGUUGGGAGUUGAGAAGGGGAAGAUUGUUGUACGUGUGAAGUAUUCCUUAUUAAACUACUGAAGCUGAUAUUUCUUGUUUUUUCCAUGUUCACCAUCCCAUGGCGCAUUCUUUCCGAGCCAGCAAUUGUUUCUUUUGUUUCUACUGUACAUUCCAGGAUGUCAAUGUUAUUUAUUGGAGGGCUUUCCUCUGGGUUUUUUUUAAUUUUUUGUUUCUGUAGAUUAGAAGUUUUCAAUUGAUGUAUACUUUUUUGAGGCUAGAAGCUGUAAGGCAGUGCCCCUUUUCGCACAGGCUUGAACCAAGAAAAUCUUUUAACAGGACAUGCAAGCUGGGAUGUGACAAUUCCAUUAUUCAUCAGCCAUCGAGAUCCUGGCCAGAAAUUGUGCCAACGGCUAGCUUCUGAUCUUUUUGAACUACGUACUGAAUGUAUUAAACAUCUCUAUCAUAUUUGCAACAAGUAUCUGUGCAAGUGUAUAUUGUUUUUCUCCCCAUCCGAAA